UUUUUAAGUUGACUUUUUGUUUGUUUUUCUUUUGCCACAUGCCCUUAAUUUUACAGGCACGGGGCAAUAACUUCUUACUUGAAGGGCUGCUGGUAACUUCAGUAGCAGGGCUGGCUGUAGGGUCCUAUUGAAGUGGUGGCUUUAUUCUACUACUGGUAUUUUUCAGAUCAUGCUUGUUUCGCACUUUUGCACCUCAGAGAAUUUACACCGCAUGAAAAUACACAUGAAUACAAGUAGACUAACUAAUGUAUUUAUGGAGGAUUUCUCACCUAUAUAAAUGAUAUUUCAAAUUUGGGAGCGUAAGACUUGUUCUCUACUAAAGUCAAGCAAUUUUCCAGUAAGGGAAACUUGAUAGUUGCUUUUUAAUGAAAAGAAAUAGAAUUUCAGACUGCUAAGUGACAUUGAUUUCAUUCAGUCCAGGUGAGGGAACAACAGGGAGAUAUCUGAGGAUGAAAACAAGAGGAGAGGUUAUGCACGUUUUAGUCAGGAGGUCUGCCCUUAGGAAGACAAAAACACAUGGAAUGUAUAAAACACCUUUAAAAUAGCAUCAUAUUUGAAGAGCUGAAGAACUUCAUAAAAGGUUCACCAACAUUGCCUUUCUUUUUUCUUCAUUGUUUUCUUCAUCAUGCUUCACUCUAUGCCUUGCAAACAUAUGGACUUCACUCAGUCUCCCCCUGUCCCUGGGGACGUCUGCAUUCCUGUUUUCAGAAAGCCAGAGAUGAAGAUUCUCUUAAUACUGAAUGCUGUGUGGAGAGUGAAAGAAAUUCUAUGGUUUUUUCUUGGCUAUCUGGUGUCUCCACAAAAGGAGCCUAAGAAAGAGAGCUUCCAGAGGGGCUUUCAUGCACCUUUUCUACCUUGAUGGUUCUUUUGGAUAUCGUGGACACAGCAGGGAGUAGGAAUGUGGAGUAGAGGAGCAGAUUUCCAGGAUCCAUGGGACUGCCCCUGUUCUGCACUUAGCCAGCACAGAGGCUGCUAUGGAGCAACCCUGGAACCAGUGGCAUUUCCCAUUCUGCUUACCACAUCAGUAAGAGUGCUGCAUGACUCCAGACACCAACUUCCUGGGUUUCCAUUUGUUUAUAUAUUUAAGCAAGUAUAUUCUUUAACAGAAGAAAGAAGAAAAAAAAAAUGAUUCAUGAUUACACAUGUAGACAAACCAGGCUAUAAUUCAAGUUGAGUUGGACUGUGUUGCUCUAAUUAGUACAGCCAGCCCUUUUGCAUGCACAGUACAGUGUAGUCAGGCAGUUGCAAAAGUUGGGGGUUCUCCCCUUUCACAUUGGGUUCCUGCCUCGAUCAGUGUGAGAGAGCUUAAGUUCACUCACUGUACAGCUAUGUGGGUUUGUUUUUUCUCCUUCAUUUAGACACUUCAAGCUGUAUUCAUUGCACAGCAUCCAGACUGUACUCUGAAGAGGGAAGAAGUAAUUUCCUUGUUAGUGUCUUCAGGGUGCCUCCUGCUAUGGUAAUAUAAAAUGUUAAUGGAUUUAUUUAUGCACUAGAAAUUUGGAUAUUAUUGUCACCCUUAUUUUACAGAAGAGUUUCAGUUGUUGAGGCCUAAACAAUAAUUAGGAAUUGUCUCUGAAUUUGGGAGGCCCAGGAUGUGCUACCAAUGAACUGGUAACUUUUGUAGAUUCAAAUAAUUUUUUCUAACUUCUAUGAACAGCUGUGAGUGCCAGAGAUUCUGGAAAUUCAGCCACAACAUACCGGUGAGGUGAGGAACACUGUGCUCAUUGCUGGAGUCUCUCUGUUGCUUCUCAGGCAUCACAGAGAUGACAACAGGCAAGCAUAUCUUCAAGGCUAUUGGUCACUUGCAUUCAUCACAAUAGCUUUGUUUUGACAGUCUCCUGCUUUGGUUUUUCUGCCUUUACCAGUAAAUGAGUAAGACCCCAGAGGUGUGUGUUUGAUGCUCUGUGAAGCUGGAUUCUGAUUGAAAAUAAACUGUGUGAUCAUUUGAUUUAACAUUGUAAUGUUAUACACAAAGGGAUGAAUUAGGAUAGCAGUUCAUUUCUUCAAUUUUGAAUAUUUCUAUAUGUAUUCAGAUACAUAUGUGUAUGUAUGUAUAUAUACAACUAUAAAACUUAUUUUUACACUAGGGGUUGUUGGUAUGUAUUCCCUUUGUGUUGGGAUUUCUUCACAGGAUAUUUUAGCUUCCAAAAAUACGCUUUCUCUCUGGGUCCUGGACUUCAAAGGAGUUGAAAAAGGAAGAGCAGACCAACUGUGUGGUUUGGCAGAUCUGCUGUGAUGUAGCUAAUCAACUACAACUUGAGAAAGAGCAAUAGGUUGGGACUCGGAGUACUGUGUCCUAGUCACAAAGAGAGGCAGAGACGCAGAGGGGACUGUCGGCUGGUGCAGGCGGAACCAAAAGAUAUUUAAUCAGCAAUUAGAAACACCUGAGGGCAAGGGAAAUUCUACUCCAGCUUCGAGCUUCAUCUCUCAGCCUGCAGCAUGCUGCUCGGCAGAAUGGCCACGGAGGAGCGGCAUCUCUCCUCCAGCUGUGGGUCCUUCAUCAAGACCGAGCCCUCCAGCCCAUCAUCUGGCAUCGAUGCCAUCAGCCACCACAGCCCAAGUGGCUCCUCCGAUGCUAGCGGUGGCUACGGCAUUGCCAUGGGUGGCCACCCCAAUGGCCUGGACUCACCGCCCAUGUUCAAUGGCACAGGGAUUGGUGGUGGGUCCUGCCGUAAGCGUUACGAUGACUGCGCCAGUGCCAUCAUGGAGGAUUCACCCACCAAGUGCGAGUACAUGCUUAAUGCCAUCCCCAAGCGGCUGUGCCUGGUGUGCGGGGACAUUGCUUCUGGGUACCAUUACGGUGUGGCUUCCUGUGAGGCAUGCAAAGCCUUCUUCAAGAGGACUAUUCAAGGGAAUAUUGAAUACAGCUGCCCAGCCACCAAUGAAUGUGAGAUCACAAAACGGAGGCGCAAGUCCUGUCAAGCCUGUCGCUUCAUGAAAUGCCUCAAAGUGGGGAUGCUGAAGGAAGGUGUUCGUCUGGAUCGAGUCCGUGGAGGCCGCCAGAAAUACAAGAGAAGACUGGAUUCUGAGAGUAGCACUUAUUUGAGCUUACAGAUCCCUCCCCCAGCUAAAAAGCCACUGACUAAGAUCGUCUCCCACUUGCUGGUGGCAGAGCCAGAGAAGAUUUAUGCCAUGCCUGAUCCAACCAUGCCGGAGAGUGACAUCAAAGCCCUGACAACCCUCUGUGACCUGGCAGACAGGGAAUUGGUGGUGAUCAUUGGCUGGGCGAAACACAUCCCAGGGUUCUCCAAUCUCUCCCUUGGGGACCAGAUGAGCCUCCUGCAGAGCGCCUGGAUGGAAAUCCUCAUCCUGGGCAUUGUGUACCGCUCCCUGCCAUACGAGGACAAGCUCGUCUAUGCUGAGGACUACAUCAUGGAUGAAGAACAUUCUCGUCUGACGGGGCUGCUCGAGCUCUACCUGGCCAUCCUACAACUGGUGCGCCGCUACAAGAAGCUCAAGGUGGAAAAGGAAGAGUUUGUCACGCUUAAAGCUCUGGCCCUCGCCAAUUCAGACUCUAUGCACAUAGAGGACAUGGAUGCAGUGCAGAAGCUCCAGGACCUUCUCCACGAAGCCCUGCAGGACUACGAGCUGAGUCAGCGCAACGAGGAGCCCCGGCGAGCAGGGAAGCUGCUCCUGACCUUGCCCCUCCUGCGGCAGACAGCCGCCAAAGCUGUGCAGCAUUUCUACAGCAUCAAACUGCAGGGCAAGGUUCCCAUGCAUAAACUCUUCCUAGAAAUGCUAGAGGCAAAGGUCUGACAGCCCCAGUGCCAGCCGACAAUGGCCGGGGAACAAACUAGAAACAAAGAUGCAGACAACGGAGCAAUCCAAACAGCAGCAGCAGCCACCGCCGGCUUUUAUCUCCAAUCAUUUAUUAUGGAAGAAUUAUUUAAUGUCUAUCUGUCGGCGUGACUGCAGAAUCUCAUGUACAGGAGGGGGAAAACUCUUUUAAUCAGU